AUGGGAGAAACCAACAUACCCUCCUCUUCCAACUAUGGACUGCGCUGGUGUCUCCAGCAUCUGGGCAAAGACGACUUUCAGACAUUCAAGGAGUCACUAAAGGAGAGUGCUUUGGAAUGGGCCACGUGCUCUGUUCCAUGGGCGGAAGUGGAUGAUGCAGACGCGGAACAUCUAGCCUCCCUCUUGCAUGAGCAUUGGAGAGGUCCUCUUGUCUGGGAGCUAGCCACAGACAUCUUUCACAAGAUGAACCUGCCAGCACUCUCUCAGAAGGCGAGGGAUGAGAUGGAAAAGUGUUCCCUGGCUGAAACACUAGGAGACCCUACAGCCACAAAGACUGACCAAGGAACAAGCAUGAACGAACACACAGAGAUGUCAGAAGCUGUGGGACGAGAUAGUGCCGCAGCAGCAGAGACAAAAGACCAAGGCCCAGGAGGUGAUGAAUGGAACUACAAACGUCACGUGAUGACAAAGUUUGAUUCCACCCCGGAUGCACACCACGGUUGUGAAACCUUUGCCGCUGAUUGUCCACAAAUGCAAAUGUUGUGUGAUACUUUCACUUCAGACAAGUGGGGCUUCCAUCCACUCACCGUGGUCCUGCAUGGAAGAGCAGGGGUCGGGAAGUCAGCUUUGGCCAGAAGAAUCCUGCUGCAUUGGGCCCACGGAAAGAUUUACCCGGGCAUGUUCUCCUACAUCUUCUUCCUAGAUGCCAGAGACAUACCAUCGAGGAAAAAAAGCAGUUUGGAGGAGUUAAUUUCUAGGGAGUGGCCAGACUCCCCGGUCCCUGUAAGAAAGAUCAUGUCCCAACCAAAAAGGCUCUUGUUUGUGGUCGAUGGUUUUGAUGACCUGGACGUUGCCUUGGAAGAUGCUGACAUGAAUAUCUGUGCUGACUGGGCAGAGAAGCAGCCCAAGUCUGUCCUGAUGUAUAGUCUGCUGAAGAAGGUCCUGCUCCCUGAGUCUUCCCUAAUAGUGAUAGUCAGAGACAUGAGCAUAGAAAAGCUCAAAUCUAUACUCACCUCUCCCCAUUACCUCUUCAUCAAAGGAAUCUCAAUAGAAAGAAGGAUUCAGUUGUUCCUCGAGCACAUUAAGAAUGAGGAACAAAAAAUACAAGUCUUGCGGGCAGUGCUGGACAACCACAUACUGAUUGACAGGUGCCAGGUGUCCGUCAUGAGGUGGCUCAUCUGCCAGGCCCUUGAGCUGCAGAUGGCAUCGGGGAAGAGCCUGCCCCCUACCUGCCAGAUCCUCACAGGCUUGUACACCACUUUUGUGGUCCAUCAACUAACCCCUCGAGAUGUCUCGGGACGCUGUCUCAGUCCCGAGGAAAAAGUCGUUUUGAAGGGCUUGUGCCGGAUGGCUGCAGAGGGCGUGUGGUCCAUGAAGUUUGUGUUUUACAGCGAUGACCUACGUGUUCACGGACUGACAGAGCCAGAACUCUCCACUCUGUUUCGCAGGAUCAUCCUUCUCCGAGAUGGCCUCGGGGAGAGGUGUUUCACGUUCCUGCACCUCAGCCUGCAAGAGUUCUGUGCUGCCUUGUACUACAUUCUAGAAGGAUUGGAAACAGAGUGGGAUCCCCGCCCUCUGUGUGUAGAGCAUACGAAGAGUCUGAAGGAGCUCCAAAACAUCAGCUUCAACAUCCACUUGCUCCAGAUGAAACGUUUCUUGUUUGGCCUCAUGAACAGAGAGGUGGUGAGAGCCCUAGAGGACAUGCUGGGCUGUCCCAUUGCCCUGGUGGUGAGGCGGGUGCUUCUCCACUGGGUCUCUCUGUUGGGUCAAUGGGCCGACACCACCUCCCCCCUGCACUUCCUAGACUCUUUCUACUGUCUUUUUGAGACCCAAGAUGAAGAAUUUGUCCGUUUGGCAUUGAACAGCUUCCAAGAAGUGAGGCUAACGAUGAACCGGCCAAUGGACUUGAUGGUGACUUCCUUCUGUGUCCAGCGCUGCCAGCAUCUGCAGAAAAUUCAGAUGGACGUCAGAGAGAUCUUCCCAGAGGAUGAGUCCACCAAGACGUGGCCCAUACUCCUGCAAGGGAUGGAGACCAGGCCACUGGUUACCGAGUGGUGGGAAAACCUCUGCUCCGUGCUCAGCACCCACCCAAGCCUGCAGCAGCUGGACUUCAGUGGCAGCAUCCUGAAUGAGUGGGCCCUGAGGACCCUGUGCAUCAAGUUGAGACAGCCCACCUGUAAAAUACAGAAGCUGAUAUUUGAAGGUAUACAGACUACCCUGGGUUUCCAUCAUCUCUGGAAGACUCUUAUUGUCAACCCUAAUAUUAAACACCUGAACCUGGGCAGCAUUCACCUGAAGGAGGAAGAUGUAGGGAUAGCCUGUGAAGCGUUGAAACACCCUCACUGUGUGCUGGAUUCUUUGAGGUUGGAUCACUGUGGGCUAACCCACACCUGUUGUCGUGGGAUCUCCCAAAUCCUCAUGACAUCCAAAAGCCUGAAAUCUCUGAGCCUCGCGAGAAAUAAGGUGACAGACCGGGGCAUCGUGCCUCUCCGUGAGGCCUUGACGGUCUCGCGGUGCAACCUGCAGAAGCUGAUACUGGGGAGCUGUGGCCUCACCGCUGCCGCCUGCCAGGACCUGGCCUCGGUCCUCAUCAGCAAUAAGAGCUUGACCCACCUGGACCUGUCCAGCAACAACCUGGGGACAGAAGGUGUGACCGUGCUGUGUCGAGCCUUAAAGCUUUCCACCUGUGCUCUGCAGAGGCUGAUACUAAGAGAAUGCCACCUGGAUGUCGUUUCCUGCGGCUUCCUUGCACUUGGACUCAUGAGCAACCGGCAUCUGACGCAUCUGAGCCUUAGCAUGAACCCCUUAGGAGAUGAUGGCCUGAACCUUCUGUGCGAGGUCAUGACAGAAACAUCUUGUCACCUCCAGGACCUAGAGUUGGUGAAAUGUCACCUCACUGCUGCCUGCUGCAAGAACUUGUCCUCUGCAAUGACAAGAAGCAAACACCUGAGGAGCCUUGACCUCGCUGUCAAUGCCCUCGGUGAUGGUGGAAUGGCAGCCCUGUGUGAGGGACUGAAGCAAAGGACAACUGCUCUGAGGAGACUUGGGUUGGAGGCGUGUGAAUUGACGUCUGACUGCUGUGAGGUCCUCUCCUCAGCUCUCUCCUGCAACCAGUACCUGAGCAGCCUUAACCUAAUGGGGAAUAACUUCAGCCCCAAAGGAAUAAUGAAGCUGUGCACAGCCUUCAUGCAUCCCACCUCUAAACUGCGAGUUAUUGGGCUGUGGAAAUGGCAAUACCCGGCUCCCACGAGAAAGCAGCUGGAGGAGGCUCAGCUGCGCCAGCCCCGCGUCGUGAUUGACCCUCGCUGGUACUCCUUCGACGAAGAUGAGCGGUAUUGGUGGAAACACUGA